AUGUUGAUGCUGAAUCAGCAUACAGGUUUAGUACGAGAUGACGAACAUCUGCACGCGACUAACCAUAAUAAUGGUGUAGAAAUGAGGGACGAUCUGGCGGUUUCUGAUCAAAUAUUGACACCUUUACAACCACAUACCAUUUUGCUGAAAGACGGAGAGACAAUAGCUACGAUGUAUCCUGUACCGGCCUAUCCUGAUUUAUUGCCGCUGGGACUUGUGAGUUUCCUUCUGGAUGAGUUUAAUAUGGAAGUGGAAAAGGGAGAUAGCUUUCCCUAUUAUGAGACUUUAUCGUUAGAUGAAUUCAAGAAUGUCUGGUUCCAUAACGAUGGCCACGUUUGUAUCAUGGUGCUAGGCGAAAUACCCGAACUAGAUUACAGUAUGGACGCUGAUACAGAUGUGGAUAAUAAUUAUGGAACUGAUAUAGAAACUAUGAGGCAUACCUCUCAAUAUAAGAAACGGAAAGAGCGUCGAAAUUUAAAUCUCACUAUACAGUGGGAGAAGCAGUGCCUUGGCAUUUUUGAUCUUAAGCCGGCAUACCCUGGACGUUCAGCACAUGUGGUUACAGGAACGUUUCUGGUGAAUGCUGGUAUUAGGGGUAAGGGCAUUGGCAAGACAUUAGUGGAAACUUUUAUAGAGUGGUCCAAGAAAUUAGGAUUUACAUCAUCGUUUUUCCCAUUAAUAUACGGAACGAACGUAGGGAUCAGAAGAAUCUUGGAAGGAAUGAAUUUCAGACGAAUUGGUAAACUUCCUGAAGCAGGUAUUCUCAAGGGGUUUGAUGUCCCAGUGGAUUCGUUUAUGUAUGGCAAAGAGUUCACACAUAUCACAAAGAGCAUUGAUUUGCUACGAGAUCCUCAAAAAAGUAUUGAAAUUGGUAAAUAUGAACGAUUGAAGCAUUUCCUGGAAACAGGAAAGUAUCCUUUACAUUGUGAUAGAAAUGAAAAGGCCAGACUUAGGGUGCUUUCAAAGACGCAUUCGGUGUUAAAUGGGAAGUUAAUGACAAAAGGGAAAGAAAUUAUUUACGAUACAAAUCAACAAAUCCAAAUUGCAUUGGAAAUCCACUUAGUAGAGCAUUUAGGUAUCAAUAAAGUGACUUCCAAAAUCGGUGAAAAAUACCAUUGGAGGGGAAUCAAGAAUACUGUUUCAGAGGUCAUUUCCCAAUGCCAGAAAUGUAAGAUGAGGUAUAAAGAUGGAACAGGGGUGAUCAUUGAACAAAAGAGGGCGGUCAAGCAGGCGCACAUGCUACCGACGCAACACGUGGAAACCAUCAAUAACCCAAAGAAUAACAAGAAGCGUGAUGGCGCAUUAUUGGGCCAGUCAAUGAAUUUCCCCCAAAACCUGAUUUCCAGUACGCUAAAUGAUGCGGAGGGCCAACCUACUCCGCCGGAUACUAACGUCGUACGAGCUGCAUUUCGAAAUGCCGCCAAUAGUCCAGCUUCUACCAGUGAAUCCAACCAAGUAGACAAAAGAAACGAGUACCUUGCUUCGAUACAGAACACACCCUUGUUGGAUGACGAACAGUCAAUGAAUUCAUUUAACAGGUUUGUAGAGGAAGAACAUUCUAGGAAAAGACGUAAAUACCUGGACGUUGCCACAAAUGGGAUCGUACCACAUUUGGCGAACGACGGUUCUCAAAAUGCUGCAAGCACCGUCAAUGAUCGUGAACAUGACAUGGGCAACCCUGUUGCCGGAUUAGACAGGAACGAUCAUGCCAUAAUGAACGAUGCUAUGCUGAGCCUUGAAGAUAACGUUAUGGCUGCUUUGGAAAUGGUUCAAAAGGAACAACAGCAAAAGAUAGAACAAGGAGAAGAGGAUGGGGAAGCCGAACGCAACGAUAUCGAUGGCACUGAAGACAGCGACACCACGGUUAACAGAAUGGUUAACGAUGCAUCUAAUACAUUUACGGGGCAUAAUUCUAAUAUUUACUACUAG